GCUCACAACACCUUUGGUCACUGGGGGGACAUUUUUAUAAAGUACAAGUACACUAAAAAAGUCUUAUUCCAUUUACUUCUUAGAGGACUUUUUGGAAGGCUGAGGUUUAACAAUGAGGGGUGCUCUGCUGCUGGUGUUGCUGCUAUGUCUGUCUGGGACAUCGGCUGAAGGCGAGAGCGAAAGAGCCGAAGGUUUACAGACGAGUGGUUCGAUCUGGAAUGAGCUAAGAGCUCUGAGAGACAUGGUGGUGGAGCAAAAGGUGGAACUGAGGAACACCAAGGCUGAACUGCAAAUCCAGAGAGACAAAGUGGCUGGGCUAGAAAAGAGAACGCAGUGAUGAGCUCCAGACUGGCAGUCGCUGAAAACAAGGUGACAUCGAUUACAGUGGAGCUGGAAGCGACCAAGACUGAACAGCAGCUCCAGAAAAGCAAAGUGGAGGAGGCUGAGAGACUGAUUUCUGCACAAGCAGCAGAGUUGGCUGCCCUGAUCUCCAGAGUGACAACCAGUGAAAAGGAGGUGCAGGAGCAGAAGAAGGAGGUGACAGCUCACAGGGAAUUGCUGGAUGUUUCAAAGACCGAACUUCAACUCGUCAUGACCAAACUCAAGGAGAUGGAAGGGACAAUUGCAGGUACUCCGAAGCUGGCUUUCUCAGCUGCUUUGACCCUUUCAGGAAAGAUUGGACCAUUUAAUACUGAAACUCCACUCAUCUACAGUAGAGUCUUCACAAAUAUCGGAGGGGCGUACAACUCAGCAACAGGUAUCUUCACAGCACCUGUUAAAGGAGUCUACUAUUUCAGAUUCACUGCUUUCAACAACAAGAGCGGAGAGUGGCUGGCAGUGAAUCUAUACCAUAACAAUCAGAGAAUUUUGCAUAAUUCGGAGUUAGCUACUGGUCAUACUUUCAUUGCAAAUGCUUUGAUUCUACAGCUGGAACAAGGAAGUGUGGUCAAUAUGCGUCUCCAGAUAAACUGUGGGGUUUAUGAUGAUUCUUCCUCCUUGAAUACAUUCAGUGGUUUCCUCUUGUACCCUUUGUAACAUUCAGACAAACUUUGAUCUUCAGAAAGGCCUUGAGGAUUUUACACCUUCCAGUGGUUUAUCGCACUACAUUUUAUACUUGGGAAUCUUAUCCUUGGUAACCUAAAUUUGAUCACGUUGUUGACAUACAAAGAAGAAAAAAAUGACUUGUGUGCUACAAUGACUUAAUAAAUAAUGUGAAUC